AUGAAAGUGGUUUCUGGCUCUGAUGAUAAGAAAGUCAAGAUAUGGAAUAUAGCUACAGGAGCAGAAGAGCAAAGCCUGAAGGGUCAUGCUAAUCGUGUAGUAUCUGUUGCAUUCUCUCCUGAUGGUACGAAGGUAGUUUCUGGCUCUUGGGACAAGACAGUAAAGAUCUGGAAUGCAGCAACAGGAGCAGAAGAGCUGAGCUUCAAUGGCCACUCUCAUUGUGUAACAUCUGUUGUAUUCUCUCCAGAUGGCAUGAAAGUGGCUUCUGGCUCUAGGGACAAGACAGUUAAGAUCUGGAAUCCAGCUACUGGUGAAGAAGAGGAGAGCCUCAAUGGCCACUCUCUUUAUGUAACAUCUGUUGCAUUCUCUCCAGAUGGCAUGAAAGUAGUUUCAGGAUCUGGUGAUACACUAGUCAAGAUCUGGAAUGUAGCUACAAAAGCAGAACGACAGAAAUUCAACAGCCAUUCUGACUAUGUAGCAUCUGUUGCAUUCUCCUUAGAUGGCAUGAAAUUGGUUUCUGGCUCUCAUGAUAAGACAGCCAGGAUCUGGAAUGCAGCUACUGGCGCAGAACUGCAGACCUUUAAUGGCCACUCUAGUUAUGUCAUAGUUGUUGCAUUCUCUCCAGAUGGCAUGAAAGUGGUGUCUGGCUCUACUGAUAAAAGUGUCAAGAUCUGGAAUGCAGCUACUGGUGAAGAAGAGCAGACCUUCCACAGCCACUCUAAUCAUAUGAUGGGAGCUGUAGCUUUCUCUUCAGAUGGCAUGAAAGUGGUUUCUAGCUUUUAUAACAUAGUCAAGAUCUGGAAUGCAGCUACUGGAGCAGAAGAGCAGAGCUUGAAUGGUCACUCUAGUUCUAUAACAUAUGUUGCAUUCUCUCCAGAUGACAUGAAAGUGGUUUCUGGCUCUUGUGAUCAGACAGUCAAGAUCUGGAAUGUAGCCACAGGAGCGGAAGAACAGAGCUUCACUGGCCACUCUGUUCAUGUAACAUCUCUUGCAUUCUCCCUAGAUGGCAUGGAAGUGGUUUCUAGUGCAGGUCGUAUCAAGAUUUGGAAUGCAGCUACAGGCGCAGAACAGCAGACCUUGAAUGGCCGCCACCGUGACCAAAUAAACUGUGUAGCAUUAUCUCCAGAUGGCAUGAAGGUGGUUUCUAGCUCUCAUGACCAGAUAGUGAAGAUCUGGAAUGCAGCCACAGGAGCAGAAGAGUGGAGCUUCCAUCACAACGCUGGUUGUAUAACAUCACUAGCAUUCUCUUCAGAUGGCACAAAAGUAGUUUGUGGCUCUGCUAACAAGAUAAUCCGAGUCUGGGAUAUAUCACCCACCCUGCCAAAGUAUUCUAUUGACAUUGAUGGUUGGCUUAUUGGCCCCUACCCUGCCACGGACCGUAUCUUUUGGUGUUCCCCCAUUCUCCGCCGCACCCUUCAAAUCAACCAAUGCACUCUUAUAAUAUCCCCUGAGGGACAUGCAGAUAUUGACAUUGAUUUGAACUUCCUUGGUCCCAACUGGGCGAAAUGUUAUGCACCACCCAUACCCUCUAUAUUCCCAUACAUUGCUGCUCUUUUUGUCAUGUUGCUUCUUGUCACCAUCAAUGAGUUUUACUAA